CCCCCCGUCCUGUUCCUGAUAAGUACCCUAUUACAGAGCAUGGCAUAAAAUUUUGCAAGAGUAGAAGUCACUCCAGUCCUGUUCAGACUGGUAAAUUGUCUCUUUGAAUCAAUCUUAUUCAAGAAGCUUACCAGAUCAGAUUUAAUUAUGCUUUCCUGCUGAAGACGUUUAAAUUGGGUGAUCGAAAUAUUCAUUAGCAGUUGAGAAAAUACUCAAAAAUACGCUAUUCUGGCAACAGAAGUAAUGGCGAUGAGAGCAUUUUUGCCACGCGAUGAAGCUGUUAGAACAUUGCGUUCAGCAUGGGACGAGGAAAAAUAUUGCGACCCAGCUUCGUUCCAACUCUUUAUUGAGAAUUUUUUUCAAAGAAUCUCCACAAGAUUUUGCGUAAAUGACAGUCUGUCUUAUUAUCAAGAGCUUUUCUGUGUUUCAAGGGAUCUAGUGUGUAUGUUCCAGGAGAUACUUGAAGGCAAGGUAGUUUUUAGAGCAAAGGUCGACUUAGAUUUCGAAUUGGUAGAAACAAGAGUUUUCAACAAAGUCUGCAAUGAGUUUUUCUGUCGUUUUGCACGAACAAGAUCCUGGCAUUCUAUCAAGACGCUAGAAGAAAUGUUUGCAGCAUUAAAACGAAAGGAUGAAUACACCUAUCAAGGAGUUGCCCUGAAAGAUGUAAUUGUGAAGUUAAUCAAACACGGUGUCUUAGAAAUGAGAUACAAGAAAGAAGAAAAAAAGAUGCCUGGAUUUAAUCCUAACUUGUUAUAUGGUAAGUUUACAGCGCACCUGAAAGAUUUGGGCGACAGUAAACCAGAGGACCGGGCAGAGCUGCUCGAUGAAUUCAAUAGAAUGUUUCCCCAUAACAGCGAAGACUUUACCCGGGUGGUUCAAAAAAUGAAAAAUAAGAAGUUUUUGAAGUUCACAAGUGGGCAUGCAAGAAUAAUUUACUUGAAGGCCAAGAAGAUAGCGACAAACCAGCACUUUGCCAAAGCUGGACGAAGUCAGUCAACACCAACCCCUGCAAUCUCCAGUCUUGAUAUUAGGAAAAUGAACGGCAUUUUUGGCAGCAGAAGCCAGCUUCAAAGAGAUGAUGGCAUACAGAUAACAUCAGACCAUGAUGAAGGUGUCAUAUCUAAUGGAGGAGUUAUCACUUUUUCCAAAGGGGCAGAGGGACAAAAAGUAGUAGUUACUAUGAAAAAUGCUACUUCGAAAAAUCUGUCUGACAUUAUUUACUUCACUGGUUACAAGCUACUGGACAACUUUGAUGGUGAAUUUACAGUCAAAGAUAAAAUGAACAUAGCAGAGAAACUGACGAGUUUAUGUCUCUCACCUGGAGAAAGUUACCAGCUAAGCAUCUGGUAUAACAACAAACGAAUUGGAAAGAGCAAAUGCCCAUUGGUUUUAAACUUUGAAAACGAUAAUAUACCUGGAAAGUUUGAACAUUGCAUAUUUUUGCAUGCUGAGACAACAAAUCCAGAUAUUGAUGAAAUGAGGUCAAAUGACAAGUACCAGCCCUUAGGCUCAAGGCAGACCAUAUAUGAUCCUGCUGUGGAAAUCAUCCCUGGCAUCCCUCCUGAUAGUGGUUCAAGCUCGAGAUCAACAGUCAGCCUGGAUCAGUUUAAAAUUCCACGAUACAUUCAUCACGCUAUCAACAACCAAAAGUCCAAAGAAUUUUCAGGUCUCAAAGCUUUGUUGAAAGAAUCUGACAGUCCCGACAGCUACAGAAAACGCUUCCAUAAUCUUCUUUUUCUUGAAGAGCUUCAAAUGGAGGUUGAUAUUCGAAGAUACGACAUGCAUGAUGUUGGAAUGAAAAAAUGCUCGACCAAUGUGGCACUAGAGGUCCCUGGACUUGCAGAAGGAAAGCCUUCUCUUAUCAUCGGGGACAAAGUCUAUGCACGCCACAAAUCCUCUGGGUCACAAGAAAGUGCAAAUAAAAAGGAGUAUGAAGGCUAUGUACAUGUCGUAGAAAGAGACAGAGUGCUGUUGAAGUUUCAUGCCAGUUUCAUCCCUGGCCGAUUACACGAUGUCCGGUUUUCGUUCAACCGUGGACCAAUUCGUCUUCAGCACCGUGCUGUUGACAUAGCGAGCGAUAUGAUGGAGGAAAAUGAAUUUCCUUUUAUUGAAGGCAAAUGGGAUAUGCAAUCUGAACCUCUUCUUCCUGAGGUAGCAGUCUCUAAUAUAAGAGUUUUUGAUAGAAAGAUUGAAUCAAACCCACAGCAGCUUACUGCGGUCAAAAAUAUCUUAUGGGGGGUCUCGAUGCCUUAUCCAUAUAUCAUAUUUGGACCACCCGGAACUGGAAAAACCGUUACAUCGGUCGAAGCAAUGCGACAGGUCUUACGAUUCAUUCCAAAUAGCCGUAUUCUGGCAUGUGCACCAUCCAACAGUGCCGCUGAUUUGAUUUUCCACAGGCUUCUCAACCCAUGUCCUAUUUUGAAGAAGAAAAUGUUUCGACUGAACGCCAUUUCACGAUCUGUGGACUCAUUGCCUGACGAGUAUGACCUAAAGAGCUACUGCAAAAUCGAAAAUAACUUGUUUGCAAUGCCUUCACUUGAAGAAAUCGACAAUUAUCGAGCUGUUGUUUGUACGAUGACAACGGCAGGAAGAAUUGUCAGUAUGGGUGUCGGAAAAAUGUUCUUUACCCACAUUUUCCUUGAUGAAUGUGGCCAGUCAGUUGAACCCGAAGCAUUGAUACCACUAGCUGGGCUGCUAUCUCCAGAGAAUGAGAAGGGAGGACAAAUUGUGCUGGCGGGAGACCCUCGGCAGCUUGGCCCUGUUCUGCGGUCACCAAUUGCCAUUGAGCAUGGUUUGUCGCUUUCAAUGCUCGAGAGAUUGAUGGCCUCGGGACCCAUUUACCAAAAAUCUGCAGAAGGAAGUUAUGAUUCCAAAUUCAUCACCAAACUAAUCAAGAACUAUCGUUCACACCCUGCUAUUCUCAAGAAACCAAAUGAGUACUUUUAUGACAACGAACUGAUUCCGGAGGCAGACACUUUCAAGACGACAACUCUCUGUAAAUGGGCAGAGCUUCCUGCCAAGGAUUUCCCCAUCAUAUUUCAUGGAGUUACUGGCGAAGAUCAACGAGAAGGCAAUAGUCCGUCAUUCUUCAAUCCCCAGGAGGCAGCUGUAGUAGUGAAGUAUGCACAAUCUCUACUCGAAGAGCGAAAGCUUGGUGUCACUCCAGAUGAGAUUGGUAUAAUUUCACCUUACCAUAAACAGGUUUCGAAGAUUCGCAAGCUUUUAGAGAAAAAGAUUAAAUCGCCAAGAAUUGACGAGAUCAAAGUCGGAUCUGUUGAAGAAUUUCAAGGCCAGGAGCGAAGAAUCAUUAUUAUUUCAACCGUUCGAAGCAACGAAGAAUAUCUUAAGACUGACUCCGCAUUUCGACUUGGCUUUUUAAAGAACCCUAAGCGAUUCAAUGUGGCCAUAACUCGUGCCCAAGCACUUUUGGUAAUGAUUGGAAAUCCAUUCGUUCUUUCAAAAGAUAAGUAUUGGAAAGGGGUCUUGGAUUACUGUAUUGCAAAUGGUGGAUAUACAGGAUGCAGCUAUUCAGAUCAGAUAGUCGAUUCCCUCGCACAAUCAGUGGCAGAUCUAUUAAAUAUAUUUGCUUGAAAUUUCUUCUGCAAGAACAUUGAGUAUCAUAAUUGACUUUAUCCUCAUACCUUGUUAACCAUCUUUUACAUGUAUUUCUGUCACAUUUAUUCCACGCUAUUCUUUUUUUGUUUAAAUUGAAGUAAUAAUCAGGUCUUUAUUUUAAGAAUAUUUUUGCAUAUUUACUGAGGCGCCGGUAUUUCGAAGGGUUCCCUUGAAGGCAAAUAAGAAAGAUCGCUUUUUAAUUAUAGUGGAAGGCGGGACUCCUAAAUAAAACAUAAUGAAACAAAACAAAAAAUUUAUACUACUUAUAAAUGCCGAAAAAACUGGAAUGAGAUAAAAAAUCCAAUGCACAUAGUUUGCUAAUCAACCAUGAAAGACUUGUAAGGUCUACAUACCUAAUUUGUCCAAAUAACCCUUCCCAGGCAAUAUUUUUCCAAAAUGAACCAAUCUUUUCGGGGAUGCAACACUUCUCCCGUAUAGCUAUGUAAUCGAGAACACCCCCCCCUCCCCCUUCUUAUUGUAAAGGUUUUACGCUGUAUUGCGCAGACUUAUGCGAGAGGAUUUCAUGUGAGAAACGAAGAAAUGAGAUCUUAUUCUUUGCUUACAUUCUUGUUAUCGUGCAUAUCAAAAAGUCCUUAUUUACAAAAUCUCAUGAUAUUUAUACUAACGGCAUACAAUAGAUUAAUUACAUGAUUGACAUAAAACUAAACGAGGUACAAAUGAAAACGAGGUUAUACAAUAUAAGAAAUAUCCUGUUACAUUAUCAAUGGCUGAAUUUAGUGAUAGUCAAACAUUUAUUGUAAGUUAAGAUCAAUCAAACAACUGCUAAACCUUUAUAUAAUGGACGCAGGGACGCAAAUGCAAAUUUUUUUAGGGGGGUGUUCUUUGAAGGGAUCGAGUUUUCACCACGACAGAUCAAUUUUUGCGAUAUAGAUAUUUUCAGGUGUUAAACAAUAGAUUUUCCUGUUGCGUGUCAGUGGUGUUCCUCUUGUUUAUCUGUAAUCCGUUGCAAUGCCAUUUCUCAUUAGUUGCCAUCACUUGUUAUCAGCGUCCUAUUGUCUCUUGGUCAUGUGUUAUUCAUUAUAUUGCCAUGCUGUUUUAUGUUGAGUCAGUCGUUACUUAGGCUAUGUUCACAUUGCUCCGUAUUCGUUUUUAUGCGUUUUCAUAUCGAUCCAUUUUGCCUGCUCACACUGCUCCGGGUACAUUUGAAAACGGUAUGAAAACGAUGACGCGUUCACAUUGCUCUGUAUAAAAAGGAAAACGCCACGAACUGGUUUACAGCACUCGCGACUGCUAAAAAACAUUUUGAACGACUCACUGCCAAUAACAUUCCUCCGAGUAGUGUACUAACUUCGAGUGAAUCAGCCAUGUUAAGAAAUAUUGUUCAAAUUGGCGCGGUCUAAGCUGCUUGCUGUAUUGUUGUUGUUGUUGGCGUUUUCAAAAGUACCCGUUUUCGGUGUUCACACUGCGUUUUUGCUUUUUCAAAAGACUCCGUUUUCAAAAGUAUCCGUUUUCAAAGUGCGUUUUCAAAAGUCUCCGUUUUCAAGGUGGAGCAGUGUGAACGCAAGGCACAAACGGAUACUUUUUUAUCCGUUUUCAUUUGAAUCCGGAGCAAUGUAAACGGGGCCUUAAAGCCGUCAAGGAAAGUCGUUAUAUUGAGAGCCGAAAAGUGAAGUCGUGUCGAAGCCGUUCCGUUUUAUGAAGUUGCAGUUAACCGUUAAAUUCAGUACAGUGUACCCGCCGAACAUUAUUGCCGCCGACGAAUAUUGCUUGUAGUUUUAAUUUGCUGAACUAUUGCUUAUGGUUUACAUCGCCGAUUAUACAUAUAUUCUGGUUCUUGUUGGAA